CGUAGAGUGGCCUAGCUAGUUGAAUAAACUACCUCGAGACCGUUACAGCCGAAAUCCAAUGGUCCACUCAAUAUGUACAAAUACCUUGCUGAAUGACAUACUGUAGGACGGCCGAAGAAGGCGUAAGACUUCUGGACAACAAUGCCAUUCAUGUCAAAGUGCCAGACGCUGCCCUACAAAACCCCAGAACGCUCAAGCCCAUAAUCGAGUCGAAGUCGACUUUAGUGAAACCAUCGUUGAAUUCUAUGACGACGCAAGACACUCUCUGCGAGGAUCCCAUGGCAACACAAGUAGUUUUCCUCAUUAAGAUCAACAAGGAAGGUCGUUCCAGGGAAACACUCGCACCUUGAAACCUCAGUCAACAGGGAAUACGGGAAAAAUUGAUGGCUUGUUGGCAGACAUCUUUACUGAAUGACAUCGUCUAACCAUGGUCCAUCUCGUGGGAGCUCUCACUGCCGACUUGUAUAUCUGGUCAUCUGAGCGGCUAAACCCACCGUUGAGCACAAGCUUCAUCUGACUAUACAGUGCGAAGAAAGAAGAAGGGCAGAGCAAAUGGUUG